CGCAAAAAUGGCGAACGUGGUGGUGGAGUUCAAGUGUUCUGCCGGUGACUCGGAGCCACUGAGUCGCCCUCUCCUGAUUCUGGGGCAACAGGCCAACCUGCAACAAAUCAGCUGGAGCCAAAUUAAAGGGAAACUGCAGCCAGUCGUCACCAAAGAGAUUUGGCAGGCGGCUCUCGUUGCUUUGAACCCAAACUCCACCAACAGCUGCCCCAUGUACCUGAACCAGGUUGUGGUGGCUGCUCUUCCUUCACGUGUCAGCAGGCACAACAGUCCUUCUUCGGCCAAUUUUGUGUCUCGUCUGAUCCGUUCCUGUCUCCCUGGAGGGAACAACCGCAGCAUUGUGAUGGUAUGUGAGCGUUCGGAUGUGUUUGCCUCGUCUUGUGCCAUCGCCAGGUCCUUCCCCAUCUUCUCCCGCCGCUCUACAUCUAUACGCAGGACAGAGAAGAAGCAUGUGACGGUGGAAUUUAUCCUUGUUGGUCCUGACAGCAGUCCUCUGGAUGCUGCAGAACUUGAGUGUCUCUCCAACGCUGCUGAUGGUGUGCGGCUGGCAGCUCGCAUUGUGGACACUCCAUGCAAUGAGAUGAAUACAGACAUCUUCUUAGACGAAAUAAAGGCUGUCGGUGCUGAACUUGGAAUCACUCCAGUCAUCAUUCGUGGAGAGGAACUGAAACAAAAAGGUUUUGGAGGUAUUUACGGUGUUGGAAAGGCGGCGGAGUAUCCUCCUGCUUUGGCAGUUUUGAGCCACACGCCCGAAGGGGCGACACAAACCAUUGCGUGGGUGGGUAAAGGCAUCGUGUACGACACUGGAGGACUCAGCAUCAAGGGAAAGACGACCAUGCCUGGCAUGAAGAGAGACUGUGGAGGAGCUGCUGCCAUUUUAGGAGCUUUCAAAGCCACAAUCAAACAGGGUUUUAAAGACAACCUUCAUGCUGUGUUUUGUCUUGCGGAGAACUCUGUGGGACCCACCGCCACUCGACCCGAUGAUAUCCACACACUCUACUCUGGAAAGACUGUGGAGAUCAAUAACACUGAUGCAGAGGGCAGGCUGGUGCUGGCUGAUGGAGUGGUGUACGCUUCCAAAGACUUGUCUGCUGAUAUCAUUUUGGAUAUGGCAACACUGACAGGAGCACAGGGGAUCUCCACAGGGAAAUUCCACGCUGCAGUGAUGACCAACAGUGAGCAGUGGGAGGUGGCGUGUGUGCGCGCCGGUCGCAGCAGUGGCGAUCUCGCUCACCCUCUGGUUUACUGUCCCGAGCUGCACUUCAGUGAGUUCAACUCCGCCAUUGCGGACAUGAAGAACUCUGUGGCUGACCGGGAGAAUGCUCAGAGCUCUUGUGCAGGCCUCUUCAUCGGUUCCCACCUGGGCUUUGAUUGGCCCGGUGUCUGGGUCCAUGUUGACAUCGCCUCUCCUGUUCAUGUAGGGGAGCGUGCCACAGGAUUCGGCGUUGCCUUGCUCAUGGCCCUGUUUGGUCAGGCAUCAGAUGACUCCUUGCUGAACCAAGUGUCUCCUCUGGGUGCGCCGAACAAUCAAUCCGAGGACCAGAUGGAGCGUGACUGUAAAAGACGAAGGCUGGUGUAGAGCACAAAACGGUUCCCCGCCCCAUGACUUCCCCACCACCACCACCACGACGCUUUCUAACCAGUGAAGCUCAUAGAGUAAUGAGAUGUAAAACUGUGUUUGGUCAAAUGUGAUUUUUAGAGAUUUAAAACAGAAAAUCUGUAAAUCGGAUGUGAUGUAAAUGAAGACGGUCAAACACCGGCUUUCACUCCACCUCCACAGCGUCUCCACUUUUUCCUCUUUACCACGAAAAAGCUGAAUUAUUCCAUUUUAAAUCUAAAUAUGGAGGUGUUGUGUCUUCUUAUUGUUUCAUUCAGGUCUUCAGCUGUGAUUUUUAUUUUAUUUGUAAUUUUUUUUUUUUUUAAACAACUGUUAAUAGAAGUUUAAGAGUUUAACAUGUACCUUACAGCCUCAGCUUUUCAACUAACCACCUCAUCAGUAGGAGUUUUUUUUAAUGUGUACAUGCAAAUGUGAUGACAGAUUUGUGGUCCGUAACUGCAGCACUUUGUGUUAAUCCUACAGUUGAAACUUGUGAUUUCUGCACCAAACCGAGAGCUCGAGUGCUCGAGUUUUAGCUUCUAUGGUGUCAAAUAAAUGUUGACCUGUUUUAUGUUAGCAGUAAGUUAAAAAGUGUAAGUCAGAUUCCUGCAUAAACUCUUGUUUUCACACUGACAAUCACAUUAAAUAAUGGCAGAGCCAUGGGUUUCAUGUGUGUGAACCUUUAACUGACCGCACCGUUUCAUGAGACGCAGUUUAACACUCCAGAAUAAAAAUGAUAA